AUGACUCAAAGAGGCACCAGCUCAACUGCCUCCCAGACACAGACACAGACACAAACUGCACCACAGGAACAUAGACCGGUGCUACAUUUGCGAGCCUCCGAUAAUUCACAAGAGGCUCCAAUACUGCAGGGCCGUCCCAGAGUUCGUUGGACUGAGGAUGUGGUCGAUAACGAACACAUGGACAAGAAGAAGUCAAAGAUUUGCUGCAUAUUCCAUCCACAGAGAGAAUUUGGCGAGAGCUCUGAUGAGUCACUGGACAGCUCUAGUGACUCCAGUGAUGAAUCAGGCAACGAAGGGACUGAAGGCAAGGCAGUAGGGACUGGGGGAGGAAACUCUGACAAGAAGAAGAAGAAAAAGCAUGGCAAUUGUUGUAACAAUAAGAAGGCAUCAUCGCCGAAUGCAUACGAGAGACAACCGAAUUACAAGAAUCAGAGUGUAUUACCUGAAAAUGCUAUAUAG